UCUUGAAACUGCAAAAGAGUCUGUUGAACUCUAAAGUCCAGACCCUCUCUUACAUUUCCGACAAGACAAGCAUGAUUUCCCGAUCGACCAAACUACUCACCCAUCCAAUCCUCCAAUCCCUAACCCAGUACUCCACCUUAACCCAUACCCCAUCUCCCUCCUUACCUCAAAUCCCAAAGAAGCUCCACCACAAAGACUGGCUCUCCCCAACCGAAGUCCUCCAAGUUUUCACUUCCCUCCCAGACCCCACCUCCCUCCUCCCCACCCUCCACCACUACUCCACCCGCAAAGAUUACAAACCCACCGAAGCGCUCUACACCUUAAUCAUCGACAAGCUCUCACAAGCCCACCUCUUCGACUCAGUCGACACCAUCAUCUCCCGAAUCAAAUCAGAACGCAACUGCCGCUUGUCCGACGACUUCUUCCGUAACGUCAUCAGGAACUAUGGCAAUGUCGGUGGUUACAUAAAGAAGGCAAUGCAGACUCUUUACGACAUGCCCGGCUUCGGCUGCUGGCCCUCUGUGAAGACAUUCAAUCUAGUUUUACACUUGCUGGUUUCGACGAAGAUGUUUGAGGUUGUUCAUGAGGUUUACUUGAAGUCGGCGGAGCUCGGUGUUGAGGUUGAUGCGUGUAGUUUGAAUAUAAUGAUUAAGGGGCUGUGUGAAUGUGGGAAGGUGGAGAGUGCAGUUAAGGUGCUUGAUGAGUUUCCCCAGCAGAAAUGUGUGCCGAAUGCGCUGACGUUUUCGACGCUGAUGCACGGGCUGUGUGGGAAUGGGAAGGUGGAUGAGGCUUUUGGGUUGUUGAAGAGGAUGGAAGAUGAGGGUGUUGAUCCGGAUUCGGUUACGUUUAAUAUACUGAUAGCAGGGCUGAGGAGACAGAAGAGGAAUGAUGAGGGGAUUGAGCUUUUGGAGAAGAUGAAGCUGAAGGGGUGUGCGCCGAAUCCGGCUUCUUAUCAGGAGGGUUUGUAUUGUUUGCUUGAUGCAGGGAGGUUUGUUGAGGCGAGGGAGUUUAUGAUUCGGAUGGUCUCAAGGCAUGUUGGCCCGAGUUUCGUGUCGUACAAGCAACUGAUUCAGGGGUUGUGUAAAGAAGAUAGAGUGGAGGAGCUGGAUUGGGUUUUGAGGCAGAUGAUGCGGCAAGGGUUUGUCCCGAAGAUGGGAAUGUGGAGGCAGAUUAUCAGAAGCGUGAUUUCAAAGAGGAGGAACCAUUGUUGUGUUUCUUAUGAAGAAACUAUUGAUGAUUUGAUCACUUGAAAU